AUUAUUGUAAUAAUGAAAUGUCAUUUCAUGAUCGUCACUGCUAGUUGCUACGCUCUAAAAGCUGAGUGUCGCUGUAAAUAAAUAAGAUUCCUCAUAGUCAUUCUUCUUCUCCUCCUCACCAACUAACUCAAUGGCUGCUCUGGAUAAGAGUGUAGAAGAGAAAUUGCCUCCAUCACUGGAUGCAGCUGCUGAGCAACCUCCACUCUUUGAUGGCGCCGCUAGGUUGUAUACAGCUUACAUAUGUCCAUUUGCACAGCGAGUCUGGAUCACCAGAAAUUAUAAGGGUUUACAAGACAAGAUCGAGCUGGUUCCUCUAGACCUUGGAGAUAGGCCUACUUGGUACCCAGAGAAAGUUUAUCCAACCAAUAAGGUGCCAGCUCUGGAUCAUAAUCAAAAAAUUAUUGGCGAGAGUCUCGAUUUGAUGAAAUAUGUAGAUGCCAACUUUGAAGGCCCUUCUCUGCUUCCUGAUGAUCCAACUAAGAAAGAGUUCGCUGAAGAGUUAUUUUCAUACAGUGACACGUUCAACAAAAUUACGUUUUCUUCAUUUAAGGGAGAUGUUGAAAAAGAAUCUGGUCCUGCUUUUGAUUAUUUGGAAAAUGCUCUUCAAAAAUAUGAUGAUGGUCCAUUCCUUCUUGGCCAAUUCAGUUUGGCGGAUAUAGUUUAUAUUCCAUUUGUUGAAAGAUUACAGAUCUUCUUAUCAGAGGCAUUCAAGCUUGAUAUUACUGCAGGCAGGCCUAAACUCGCAUCCUGGAUUGAGGAGAUGAACAAAAUUGGGGCUUACAAGCAGACCAGAACAGAUCCCAAAGAGAUUGUUGUAACGUUCAACAAACGUUAUCUGGGUCGGUAAGGACCUUUAUUUCCUGGGUUUGCAUUAAUAUUACCUACAUGCAAUGGAACAUAAGUUGGCUAAAUAAGAGAUUAUGCGUCUCCAGUGUGUAUAUUGAUGAACGAUGUAUGAUGGUUUACGGAAUGCAUUAUUAGUUCCACAUUAUAUAUAUUGAUGAAUGAUGUAUGAUGUAUGCAUUGUUAAUGCUUUGAGAGCAUGAAUAAAGAAAGAGCAAGACUGAACCGAUUAUGGGUUCAUGUACUAUUUUAUUUA